UUGCUUCUCUGUUGGUUGCUUAAUUUGUUGAACCAAGCUCUUAACUGGUGGAGUCUUGUAUUCAACAUGACACUUCAAACAAAUGUGGUGGUCGACGCUUCUUCUUCUCUUGAUUCAGGCCAUGCACGUCUUCAUGAACUUGGUUACAAGCAAGAGCUCAAGCGUGAUCUUUCGGCUAUCUCAAAUUUUGCAUUCUCGUUUUCUAUUAUAUCGAUUCUGACCGGAGUAACCACACUUUACAACACUGGCUUGAACCAUGGUGGACCUUUUUCAAUGGUCUACGGCUGGCUUAUUGCUGGUUUUUUCACCAUGUUUGUUGCUUUAUCAAUGGCUGAGAUUUGUUCAGCUUAUCCAACUUCUGGUGGUCUCUACUAUUGGAGUGCUAAGCUUGCUGGCCCAACUUGGGCACCUUUUGCUUCUUGGAUCACUGGCUGGUUUAAUAUUAUUGGUCAGUGGGCAGUGACAACAAGUGUAGAUUUCUCAUUAGCACAACUGAUUCAGGUCAUUGUUUUGCUUAGCACUGGUGGAAAAAAUGGAGGUGGAUAUGAAGCAUCUAAGUAUGUAGUUAUUGCUAUCCAUGGUGGAAUUUUGCUCCUCCACGGUAUAUUGAACACCCUUCCUAUCUCAGUGCUAUCAUUCUUUGGACAAUUUGCUUCUAUUUGGAAUGCUCUAGGUGUUUUUGUGCUUAUGAUUCUGAUUCCGAUUGUUGCAACACAAAGGGCUAGUGUUAAGUUUGUUUUCACUCAUUUCAAUACUGAUAAUGGUGCCGGAAUCAGUAGCAGUCCCUACAUAUUUCUGGUGGGACUUCUUAUGGCUCAGUAUUCUCUAUCUGGAUAUGAUGCAUCAGCUCAUAUGACAGAAGAAACCAAGGAAGCUGAUAAAAAUGGACCAAAAGGAAUUAUCAGUGCUGUGGGAAUAUCUAUUGUUCUUGGAUUCUGCUACAUAUUAGGAAUUACCUUUGCAGUUACUAACAUCCCUUACCUGUUAAGUAAAGACAAUGAUGCUGGUGGAUAUGCCAUUGCUCAAAUAUUUUAUAUGGCAUUCAAGGACAGAUAUGGUCAUAGUAUUGGAGGGAUUAUCUGCUUGAUCAUUGUUGCUGUAGCUAUAUUUUUUUGUGGUAUGAGUUCAGUGACCAGCAACUCAAGGAUGGCUUAUGCUUUUUCAAGAGAUGAGGCCAUGCCAUUGUCUUCCUUGUGGCGAAAGGUUAACAAGCAAGAGGUCCCUAUCAAUGCAGUUUGGCUUUCUGUUUUUAUAUCAUUCUGUAUGGCACUGACGUCUCUUGGGAGCAUGGUGGCAUUUCAGGCCAUGGUGUCCAUAGCAACAAUUGGUCUCUACAUAGCAUAUGCACUUCCAAUAUUCUUCAGGGUGACACUUGCAGCAAAGUACUUUGAUCCUGGGCCUUUCAAUUUGGGCCCUUUUGGGCUCAUUGUGGGCUGGGUUGCAGUUCUUUGGGUUGUCACAAUCUCAGUACUUUUCUCACUGCCUGUUUCUUACCCAAUAACCAUUGAGACACUUAACUAUACCCCUGUUGCUAUUGGAUGUUUGAUUAUUAUUAUUGUUUCUUAUUGGAUCAUUAGUGGUCGCCGUUGGUUCACAGGCCCAAUAUCCAAUAUAAAAAACUAAAUUUUAUUCAUUUCCAAUACAUGGACAUUGUAAACAAAGAAGUUGUGUAUUGUCCCUCUGAAAGUAAUAAAAACUAGUGAUGUAGCCCCAUA